UCCAUUCGCCGGAACAAAUUUACGAACACCAGAAACUAGAGAAUACAAAUCAUCGUCACUGCAAUAAUCCUUGUUUGACGCAAGGGCGUUAAAUUCUUAAACAUGCCAUCGUCAAAUAUGGCCGCCCCGUCACUGUUCCGGAAGAUGGACUUUUCCCUUUGUGAAGCUCCGCCUCUUUAAAUGUCACUCGGAGCGCUCAAAAACUUUUCCUCGAGUGUAUGGUUUCUAGGCAACUGCAGGUACGUCACAUCCGGGAACUUGGUUCUUUCUCGUGUUCUCCGCGUGUCUCACCGAGUUUUCCCGUUAUCACUUGUUGUCGAGUUGGGGCGGGCUUCAGUGGCCCGCCCCGAGUGAAGCUCCGGUAGGUGGAUAACAUGGCGGAACCAGCGGGAGCGUCCAGCCGGCACGAGAAGAGCCUUGGGCUUCUCACUAGUAAAUUUGUGUCGCUGCUACAGGAAGCGAAGGAUGGAGUGCUCGACCUGAAAGUGGCUGCAGAUAGUCUUGCUGUCAGACAAAAGAGAAGAAUAUAUGAUAUUACCAAUGUUUUGGAAGGUAUUGGUUUAAUAGAGAAGAAGUCAAAGAACAGCAUUCAGUGGAAUGGUGUAGGUGCAGGUUGCAACACCAAAGAAGUGCUCGACAGACUAAGGCACCUGAAAGCAGAAAUUGAGGACCUGGAACUAAAGGAGAGAGAACUGGACCAGCAAAAAGCAUGGCUGCAGCAAAGCAUCAAAAAUGUUAUGGAUUCAUCCUCCAAUGGAAUAUAUUCAUUUGUUACUCACGAAGACCUGUGUAACUGCUUUAAUGGAGACACUCUCCUUGCUAUCCAGGCUCCAUCUGGCACUCAACUGGAAGUUCCAAUUCCCGAAAUGGGUCAAAAUGGACAAAAGAAAUACCAGAUUAGUUUAAAGAGUAAUUCAGGUCCAAUUCAGGUACUUUUGAUAAAUAAGGAAUCCAGCUCAUCCAAGCCAGUCGUCUUUCCUGUUCCUCCACCGGAUGACCUUACACAACCCAAUUCACAGCCUGAAGCAACGGCCUCUUCAAAUAAACAGCCAGCAGCACAGAAUAGCUCUCUCUGUGCAAAAGAAGAACAUGAAAGCAACCUGACAGAACAGGCAGCUGCAGGUAAAUUAAAACCUGAGUGCGCAGCCAGCGAUCUACAGGAGAACACGUCAAGCUCUUACCCUGAACUUCCUGAGUCCAUUCUGUAUUCUGCGCUUGGGACAGACGUAGCACACAGCACAGCCGGUUCCAGUGGCUAUUCCCCUUUGCUUCCGUUGGAUGUUAAUUGUAUUUUAAGACCCAAUGCAUUUGACAUAACAAAAAUGGACGAGCAGGAAGGUCAAAUUAGCGGAGACCUUAUUGAUGAGCUUAUGUCUUCUGAUGUUUUCCCAUUGUUACGGCUUUCACCAACUCCAGAUGACUACAGCUUCAAUUUGGAUGACAGUGAAGGAGUCUGUGAUCUCUUUGAUGUGCAGAUAUUAAAUUAUUAGACGCCAUUUUUGGGGUUUCUUUUCCCCAGUCUCUACCUCUCUGCCCUACUCCAAGCAGGGAAAACAUCCAUAAUGUUGAUCUUUAUACUAUGUCUAGGGACAUAAUUUUUUGCACUUUGAAAGUACAGUAGUAUAAAAUUCUAGAUUUAAAGGUCUAAUCAAUUUUUUUUUUUUUUAAUCAUCUUUGCUUGGCAUAGCCUUGCCUUAAAGGGAUACUGUCGUGGGAAAAAAAAUUUUU